GCAGCUCCUCUUCCGCCGCCGCCGCCGCCGCUAGCCUGUUAGCCCCGGCUCCCCUCCGCCGAGAACGGGGCCAGAGACACCGCCGAACGCCCUGGUCUUGCUCGGACACCCAGCCCCGGGAGGCGGCUGGAGGAGCGUCCCGGAAAAAAACCCGAAAAAGAGACGGAUUUCCGCGGGGGGUUUGUUUUGUUUAACGCGAUAAAAGCGGCUAACGGGAGGAGCUAACGGCGGAGCUAACAGGCUAACACCCCGCGAACGAAGCUCCGAACCCGGGAUCGUGCGGGGGAUUAUUCCGACCUAAUCUGCGCCGCGGACGCCCCCCGUGCGGCCCCGCUCGCCUUGCGCUUUCGUGACGCUAAAAGAAGCCGAGCCGUGCGCUCCGGGGCACGUUUAGCGGGAUAUUUAGCGGCAUAUGUAGGUCACUGCGGCGGCCGGAGCGGAUCUGGGUCAGCGGCAGCAGCGGGUUAACUAGCGCCCACAGCUGGUUAGCGCCGAGCUAACUCUCCCCGGAGCGGCUUUUCCCGCACAUUUCUCCAAUAACACUCAUUUUUAUUCAACCCGAUUUGUUUCUACGGCUGCCGUGACUCGAACUACACCUAAAUCUAAAGCGCCGCGUGUUUAAUUUGUGUUUUAAACUAAAUAAUAUUGAGUUCCGUGCGGAGUGGACGGAACAGCUGCUGCUACAAACAAAGAUAACUGGUGUGAUGAAAGUGGACGUUUUAAAGGCUUCGCUCCGGACGCGCUUUUACUUCGGUUUUUGUGAAUAUUGGUUCGGGUUUUAAAGCGUUUUUUUCCCAGAGGUUGAGGUGUUUUUUUUUUUUUAUAUCGGUGUGAAAUCGCCAGGUGAGACGGCGGAGCUCGGCCAGCAGAGGGCGUCAUGAACACCGCGCUCAUCCUCGCCUCCCCGGCCCGGCCGCAGUAGCUCCUCCUCGGCUGCGGGACUGAGCAGGACCCGCUCUGCCCUGGUCCUGGUCCUGGUUCUGGUUCUUCCCUGGUUCUGCUGGAUGUGUGUGACUGGAGCUUGAAAGAAGAGCGGAUCAGGACCAGACUGACAGCAGUUGUCGGUGGCGGUGCGUUGGAGGAUGGCGUUCCACAGCGGCGCUCCCCGUCAGCCCGUGGACAUGUUUCCUGGUUCGGAUCUCGGUCCGAAGUUUUUCUGCGUGAACUCUUCGUGCGCCGCUCCCGCCUCCGGCCUGACCUCCGGCCUGACCUCCGGCCUGACGGGCUCCGCGGCGCCGGCGCCCACCCCCAGACACCCCACGGCUCUGGGGGGCAGCGCGGGCGGAGGGGGCGCCGCCGUGCCUCAGCCCUACACCAACCCGGCCAGCGAGGUCCCCAGCCCGGCCGAGAUGGAGCCGGACAGACCCAUCGGAUACGGAGCGUUUGGAGUCGUGUGGUCGGUGACGGAUCCUCGUGACGGGCGUAAAGUCGCCCUGAAGAAGAUGCCAAACGUCUUCCAGAACCUGGUCUCCUGUAAAAGAGUCUUCAGAGAACUGAGGAUGCUGUGCUUCUUCAAACACGACAACGUUCUGUCGGCGUUGGACAUUUUGCAGCCGCCUCAGAUCGACUGCUUCGAGGAAAUUUACGUGAUCACUGAGCUGAUGCAGAGUGACCUCCACAAAGUGAUCGUGUCUCCUCAGCCCCUCACCACCGACCACAUCAAGGUCUUCCUCUACCAGAUCCUCAGAGGUCUGAAGUACCUCCACUCUGCAGGAAUCCUCCACAGAGACAUUAAACCUGGAAACCUCCUGGUGAACAGCAACUGUCUGCUGAAGAUCUGUGACUUCGGGCUGGCGCGUGUGGAGGAGCCCGACCCGUCUCGUCACAUGACUCAGGAGGUGGUGACUCAGUACUAUCGAGCUCCGGAGGUUCUGAUGGGCUGCAGACACUACGCCUCGGCCAUCGACGUCUGGUCUGUGGGCUGCAUCUUCGCCGAGCUCCUGGGCAGAAGGAUCCUGUUCCAGGCCCAGAGCCCCAUACAGCAGUUGGAUCUGAUCACAGAUCUGUUGGGGACUCCUCCUCUCUCCGCUCUGUCGUCUGCGUGUGAAGGAGCUCGAGCUCACAUCCUCCGAGGGCCCCACAAACCGCCGUCUCUGUCGGUGCUCUACAUGCUCUCUGAUGGAGCGACUCAUGAGGCGAUCCACCUGCUGUGUCGGAUGCUCGUCUUUGACCCGGCGAAGCGUAUCUCGGGCUCGGACGCUCUGUCUCACCCGUACCUGGACGAGGGGCGUCUGCGGUACCACACGUGCAUGUGCCAGUGCUGUUACUCUGUGCCCAGCGGCCGCGUCUACACCAGAGACUUCGAGCCUGUGGCCGAGCGGCCGUUCAGCCACAGCUACGAGAACAGCCUCCUGUCUGUGUGGCAGGGCAAAGAGUUGAUCCAUCGUUUCAUCACGGAGCAUCAGCAGGGAAAGCGAGUCCCACUGUGCAUCAACCCCCAGAGCGCCGCCUUCAAGACCUUCAUCAGGUCGACGGCGUGGCAUUCGUCCAAAGUCUCUCGUAAAGAGGAGAGAUGAGCUCUGCUGCUGAGGAUCUGAGUCCGGACCAGAACCGAGACCGGGACCGGGAUCUCAACCAGUCCCACGGGUCCACUGCGGGUCCCUGUACAGACCCUCCCCAAACCCGCAGACCCACGGACCCGCCGGACCCCGGAGCCCGGAACAGACCGCGUUUAGUCCUGGUUUAGUCCUGCUCCUGGUUCAUAACUGCUGUUAGACCGGGUUUAGUCCUGGUCUUUCCAUGGUUCUGGUUUCUGUCUGGUUUUAGACCCGAUUUAGUCUGGCCCCAGACCCCAUUAAGACCUGGUUUAGUCCCAGUUUAGUCCCAGUUUAGACCUGGUUUAAACCUGGUUUUGUCCAGAGCCAGAGAGAGGAAAGUCCAGGCCAGGAUUUGGUUCAGACGAAGUUCAGACUCGUCCUGGUCCCGGUCCUGGUCCCGGUCCUGGUCCUGGUCUGGACUCCUGGUGCUGUUGUACAGAAGUUGCUGCUCGUUUAAAGUCUUGGUACAGACCUCGUUGACGUUUUCGCUGUAAAAAAUAUUUUAAGGAGUUUGUUUUUUUUGGUAGAUUUUAGUUUUGACGUCAUUCCAGUUUUGUGCAAUACUCCUCCUCCAAAAACCUCCGACCCGAAACCUCAGACCUGAAACCUCCGACCCCGAAAAACCUCCGACCCCGAAAAACCUCCGACCCCGAAAAACCUCCGACCCGACCUCACAAACGGACGACACGCAAUCGAAUCCUUUUCAAAAGUCUCGCACCAAAGCCAUUUCCUCCACUCCAGACUCUUCGUUAAAGUCGGGGUUUGUGUUUUUGUUUUUUUUUCUUUCUCCCACGUCGCUCCUCUGAAGGGGGGGUGACUUAGCGCUGGGAGCAAAAGGAGGAAGAGAACCCAGCGUCUUCAAACCAGUAAAAAGGAACACAGAGAAAUAAAUAAAGACAUAAAUAAAAGUGUGAGGUGUUUGAGAGAAGUGACCCGGGCUCUUUCAGCUCAGAUGUGCCAUAUUUCCCACAUGUGACUGAUUUUACUGCCAUAAACCCGAUGAUCCCGUCUCCCGACUCUUUGGUGCGGACGCGGCGGGUCGGCGGGUCGGCGGGUCGGCGGGUCGGUUCUUCAGGACCCAAACGUUUUUUCGCCAAGGUUUUUCCUCGACUCAGAUUUCACUGUGUCCGAACUCUGCAGAAUCAUGUUUGAUGAAGUCCACAUGUAGCAGCCUCACGCUUCCUGCUCCGUUCCCUCGUCUCUCACAGUUUUCACUCAAUUUUGUCGAUUUGUUGAGUUUGUGUCAAGUUUUGUUUCAGUUUUUCGUGUUUUUUUCGUGUUUGGAGACUGAGAGACACAAAGGCCAAAACCACAGACCCCAGAGACGAAAAACACUCAGACAGACAGACGGGCCUCUGGAGCAACACCAAAAUGUGUCAAAUAUCAAACUGUUUCUGUCAAGAGACCAGAGUCUGGACCGGAGUCUGGACCGGAGUCUGGACCGGAGUCUGGACCGGAGUCUGGACCGGAGUCUGGGCCGGAGUCUGGGCCGGAGUCUGGACCGGAGUCUGGACCGGAGUCUGGACCGGAGUCUGGGCCGGAGUCUGGGCCGGAGUCUGGGCCGGAGUCUGGGCCGGAGUCUGGGCCGGAGUCUGGGCCGGAGUCUGGGCCGGAGUCUGGGCCGGAGUCUGGGAUCUGGACUAGUAUCUGGUUUCGUCCAGGGUUAAUCCUUGUGAAAACCUGGUCUAGUCCUGGUUCAGUUCUUGGUUCAGACCAGUUUUGUUCUCUCUUCUGUUGCAGAGGAACAUCCGGUCUAGUCCUGGUCCAGAUCUGGUGUAGUACUGGACUACUGGACUAGUCUCAGGUCAGGUCCCUGGUCUAACUCCACUUUAGUCCCUGGACCAGUCCUGUUCUAGUCCUUGCUCCCUCUGUAGACCCGGUCCUGGUCCAGGAUUGGGCCAGGACUGGACCAAUCCAAACCAACCCAGGUCUACAGAGGGACCAGGUCCAGUCGUGUUCCAGUCCUGGUCCCUCUAGACCUGGUCUGGUACCUGUCCUAGUCCAUGUUUAUACCUGGUCCAGUCUUGGUUCGUUCUUGGUCCUGGUCCUGGUCCUGGUCCUGGUCCUGGUCUUGGUCUUGGUCUUGGUCGUGUUCAGUGUUAGUUUUAUUUAUUGUGUGACUGAGGAAAGUUUAUCGUUUUGUCGUUUUGUCUUUUUUUUGGUGUUUUUUAGAAAAGUUCCUGUUUUUAUUUCUGGUUUUAGUUUUGGACCGUUUUACCUCGAGGUUUUUCUGAGGUCUGGACUCAAACGCCGCCGCCAAAAACACUCGAGAAAAACCCCGAGAAGCGGCUUGAGUCGGCGCCGCGUCUCGACUCAGGGUCUGGGCUCCAGCUCCAAACUCCACUGGAGGUUCAGACGAGCAGGAGACGAGUCCGUGCAUGUUUUUAUAAAAGAACUGAGCACUUUUAUCUGUUUGAAAACGUCUUAAACCCACUGGAACUUUUAAUAUAUUUACAACAAAAUAAGUAAAAAAGACGAAAAUAUGAAGAAGCGUCUGUAUCCUGAAACCAAAACCAGAUGAAUCUGAGUCAAAAAAGAAGCAUGUUUGAAAUGUUUGAAUGCAAAAAAAAAAGACCAAUUUAAUAAAAAAAAAAUAAUAAUAAUAAUUCUGUUUUAAUUGUGUAAAAAAACAAAAAACAAAAAAAAAAACAGCUGAGAUUUAAAGCACUUCUGGAGUUCCACCUGAUGAUGUCACAGAAACUGAAAACAGAUUAAAUAAAUAAAAACAGUUAAAUAUUUGGGUGUAAAAAGAGAGUUUGUUUUGACCCGGAGGUUUUUCCGACGCAGCCUCGUGUUUGUUUUGUUUUUUUUUUUUUUUUUUUUUGUUUUUUUUGUUUUUUUUGUUUUUUUGGUUUUGUUUUGGUCGGUGGGACGUGACUUGAGUCCAGACCUCCAGGGGGCGCUGUGUGUAAAUGUGCAUGUGGUUUAACACGUUUCCACGGAGACGGAGCCCGGCGCCUGUUUCCUGCCCGGAACAGGUUUGGGACCGACCCCGGUCCAGAACCUGGUCCUGACCCGGUCCUGACCUCAGUCCAGACCCGGUCCUGACACGGUCCUGUGUCUGGGUCCGGGUCCUGGUCCCAGUCCAGUCCUGGUGUCUGGAUCCGGGUCUAGGUCCUGGUCCCGGUCCUGGGCCUGGCCGGUCCUGGUCCCAGUCCUAGUGUCUGGGUCCCGGUCCUGGUGUCUGGGUGCUGGUCCUGGUUCAGGUUCAGACCUGGUCCAGACCCCGGUCCUGGUGUCUGGGUCCCGGUCCUGGUCCUGGUCCAGGUCCCGGUGUCUGGGUCCUGGUCCUGGUCCUGGUCCCGGUCCCGGUCCGUGGCCGUGUUGUCCUUUGGGUCCAGUCGUGUUGGACUUUUGAGAUACUUGAAUUUCUUAAACUGUUUAAACUUUAGACAAAAGUAGAAACUGAAAUAAACAAACACUGGACUGAAA